AUGGCGACUGCCAGGAUUUCCGUUUUUCUGCACAAAAUUGAAAUAAAUUGAUAUUUUCUCCCAAAAUUAAAAGUGCCCUAUGGCCAGAGUGACGUUCUAAAGAUACACGAAUAUCUAGUCUUACUGCUGACAUCGUUUGCAGGGUUAUCCCUUGCAAGAAAUGAGCAAAGUCAGACGAAAAGUGACCGUAGAAAAGGGGUCCAGUGUUUCAGAAACUUCUGAAAAACGGAAGCCAAGUGUUUUCGAGCGGCUUGGACCUGGCGCUUCGAGGAGGUACAGGGAUGAGGAGGACGCUCUGUCUGAAAAAGACGAGAGACCAUGCCAUAAGUGGAUGAAUACUGGUUCCUGCUCAUAUGGUUCCAGUUGUCGCUACUCUCAUCCACCCCUUCAUCACCGAAGGGAUGAUAGCCCCGAGGAUCUGCGACAUAAAAUGAAACAUCGGAAAGGGAAAGGCAGGAGUCGUGAACGUCAGAGAAGUGAAUCAUUAUCCCCAGAGCGCCGUCGUAGUCCUGAACCUCGCAAGAGCAGACGUGACAAGGACUUACUCGCUAAGGACGCGGGAAAGAUCAGAUCAACAGUUGUUGUUAAGACGUCAUCGCAGAGCACCGAUAGUGAAAGUGAAAUUGACAGAGGCCUCACUGGUGGCGGAGAAUUCAACGAGCGGAUGUUGGACUUUGAGCAGGAACUGACGCUUAUGAAACGCCGUCAGGAGUUGCAGCGUGAACUCAGUCAGCUGCAGGAAGAGGAGCGAUCGGAGGAGAGAGAAAACGUCCGAAUCAACAUUCACAAACCUGGGAAGAUCUUGAAAGAAGUUUUACCAGUUUUCCUCGAGAGCAGUAGCUCCUCGGACUCGGACUUAGAUCGAAAGCAGAAGGGAAAAUCUAAAGAUAAAAAGAAGCACACCAAGAUGCCCGCGGCUGAACUCAGUCCAAAGAAAAAGGCAAAGGAUAAAAAGAAAAUGAAGACUGUGGCAUCACCUCCACCCAUUGCUGUGCCAAAGAUCCGUCGACGUAGUCCCAGUGUUGAGAAGGUGAAGCCUGCUAAGAGGCAUUCGUCGAACGAGAGUCUUCUCCGCGAUCCUUUUAAGAAACAUAAGGAAAAGGCUAAGUAUACAACACUGCCCAAACAAGAAUCACCCGAACCCGUUCGGUCGAAACAUUCCGCAAGUCCUGACCGUAAACAAAAGAAACUGUCACUAUUGUUGCCUACGGCUAAGAAAUCGAAAAGUCGAACUCUGUCGCUUUCUCCUGAGCCGAAGAAAGGCAAGAAAAAGGCGUUGAUAUCGCCGAAGGAGAAGGAUCCGUAUGAUCCAAAACAGCGGAAAUUCCGGGAGGAAAAGACGUUUGAGAAACCUAAGGAUGAUAGGCCAAGGUCAGUCGAUAAACAUCGUGAUGAUGGACGUGUUGAUAAGUAUGCGAGAGCAGUUGCUGCGCCUAAAAGGAGGGACGAUGGUUAUUUUGAUGAUGGGGAACGAUUACGCUCAUCGGAUCGAGCACGGGCUGUAGAACCUAGCCCACCAAGAGACGUUAGGGGUUCUAAAGCCAGAGAUUUGCAUCCGCAAGACCAAUAUAGGAAGAAACGCCAUGAUGACCUGAAAUCUGGCAAUGAUUAUUCGAAGACUAAAGGAGACUGGCAAAAGCCUGCGCCCCCUCCGAAACGAAGAUACGAAUCCUCUUCCUCAGAAAGUGAUUCCGAUUCUGAUUCAUCAGACGAUUCUUCGAGCGAAUCAGAAUACGAAUCUCCGAAAAAAACGCGAGCUAAGAUACCGGAGGUGAAGGGUAGGAGUAGUAAGCAUGGCAGCCAGGGGUCCAAGGACCAAGAACGUUGGCCCGAACCGGCAGAUCAUAGGGAAUUUGAUGAUCGGACUAGAUAUUCUCAUGAUAAGCGCCGGGCUGGUGACGACGGACAGCAUAGGACACGAUCGCCAGAACCCAGAGACGUUUCCUUUGAUCAGAAUCGCUUGGAUGAGAGGCAGAAGGAUAGACGCUCCUUACAAAAAGAGGAUAAGAAUUUUGAUCGGACUAAGGGUCAUCAUAGAAAGCCACCUGUCUCCCCGGAGGAGUUUCAAGGGAGGCGGGGCCGAGACUAUGAUGAUAGGGAUCAGAGACGCAAGAGUUCACACUCCCCUGGUCGACAUGAUAGAUCACUUGAGAGGGAUGUCCCACAUGGCAAGAAAGACAGGAGAGAUGACAGGGAGCGUCACGGGUCACCUGAAAGAUCAGAGUCUGGUCGGGAUAAAUAUCGCCAGUCACCGGAUCGACGGAGCUAUCAGAGUUCUGAUGAUCGAAGUAGGGUGGAUGAUAGGUCACGUGGAGGUGAUGACCGGACUACAAGAGGUGAUCGGGGGUUUGAGCGCAGGGAUGAGCGUUAUCGGGAUGAGCGUGGAAAGAAGGAGCGCAGUCUGGAAAGGAAUGAUCGCCUGGAUCAGGGUAAAGAGAAGAUCGAGAGGGGAGGUGAUAGAAUGGAGAGGGGUGGGGAUCGGAUUGAAAGGGGUGGAGAGAGAUUGGAUAGAGGUGGGGACCGGGGCCCAGAUAGAUCAGAUCGAGGAGGCGAUAGGAUGGAGCGUGGUGGUGAGAGGAUGGAGAGAAACGAUCGCAUGGAGCGUGGCAGUGACCGAGGAAGGGAUAGGAGUCUAGAGAGAGGUCGAGACAGGGAUCGUAAUAUGGAGCUAAGUGGAGAACUCGGUAUGGAAUCGAGUCGUGAUAGGAACUUGGAAAGAGCUGGCGAUCGAAGUAUGGAUCGUGGUGGAGAUAGGAGUAUGGAUCGGGGAAGGGACCGAAGUUUGGAACGCGGAGACCGAGGGUUUGAACGCGGGGAUCGUGAGUUAGAUCGCGGUGGUAACCGUAGCAUGGAUAGGGGGCAGGAUCGGAGUUUGGAACGUGGUGGGGAUCGCAGUAUGGACCGCGGUUCUGACCGGAAUACCGAUCGAAGUUCGGAUCGUAAUUUGGAGCGUAGUGCAGAUCGGAGUGUCGAUAGAAAUCGUGAGGCAAGAGACGAUGAGCGCAGUCGUGGAAGCGAUCGUAGCAUGGAUAGACGAGAUGAUGAGCGGUCUCGAGAUCCGCGUGGGAGGGAUAGAAAUGUUGAUAGUCGCGAUAAGGACGAUGAACGUCGGGGACCAGACCGGACUCGAGAUAAUCGGGAUCCACGAGAUCCCAGCCGGCCUCCUGUGGGUGACCCUAGAGACAGGCCUCCUGGAGGAGAUCCCAGGGAUAGGCCUAACGAAUCGAGACAAGAUCGGCGUGGGUCCCCAACAAGAGAUUUCGAUCGUGGUCGUCGCAACGGACAGUCACCAGUUGCAUGGAAUGAGCGAGAAAUGUUUAACCGCGAUCAACGAAAAAGGCCCGAGGAUUCUAGGCAGCGCCGUGGUCCUUCACCAGUGCUGUCCGCACGAGAGCUCCUAGAGCGCGAGCGAAGGGAGGGCUUAGAGAUGGAGCUCCAGCGUGGUCUACCAGGUAAUCCUCCUGAGGGUGGCUGGCCCUUUCCCCCGCCUCGUGAACUUAUGGGUGGUAGAGGUGGUAGGUUCAUGCCUGACGACCGCUAUGGUAAGCCAGCACCUGAAUUCCCACCAGAGGAAGAUAUGCCUCCAAUGGAAGACUUCCCUGGCCCGCCAAUGCGCGGCGGCCGUGGCAGAAUGGCAUUGGGCCGCUUCCCUCCUUUCCGUGGGAAUGACCGCGGAAGACGUGGCGGGUGGGAUCCCCUCGAAGGCCGUGGCUUCCGACGUCGUGAUGACAUGGAUCCCGAGGACCGUAGAUUCGGCGAUGAUCGAUGGAGUAGGGAUCGGUUUGGUGAAUAUCCUGGCAGAGGUCUUCCCAUGCCUCCUGAGAUGAUGGGGCGGCUACCGCCGGACUGGGAAGACAGAAGACCGGGAGAUAGGUUUGACGACCGGCGACCACCUGGUUUACGGCCAGAUGAUCGAAUGCGUGGCGAUGACCGACGGAUGCUGCCAGAUCGCUUCGACGACAGAGGCCCGCCGCCAAUGAUGGAAAGCGCUGAUGGACACUACCAGGACAGAAGGAAACGUCCGCACGACAGUGACAGGUCAUUGUCACCUGCUUACAAACGUAAACGCGACGGAUCGCCGACCGACUCGAUGAAAAGUGGUCGGUCGGAACGGAACAAACCACCGAGAGAUGAUCCGAGGGAAAAUGACCCAGGAAAGUCAUUGGACGAGGAAGCCAAGUUCAAGACUGACCGCUACAUGGCUGAGCUGUCCAAACGUAAACGCUCUCAAUCACCUCCUGAUGACCGAGCUCCAGAGGACCGAGAGAAGAAGCGACAGAGGCCAGAUAGUAAAGGUACAGGCUCCGAGAGCCAUCAUGGCAGCGGUGCAUUCAGCGACUGGUCUGACGACCCGGACGAAAUACUCAACAAAGAAGAGAGAAAUAAACAGCGAGAGAGGGACGGCACGGAGCCGAAACGUGGCCGCCAUUACCGUAGCUCUAGCUUGAGCAGCGUGGGGAGUCGUCAUAGUAAGCAGGAUAAGAAGGAUAAGAUCGUGGAACCGGCCUCGCCGGGUAUCCCAGCAGGGGAAGGAGAUAGGCCGGCUGAACCCGAGAGGAAUGGGGACAUCAAGAAAGAGAGAGAGAAUGGACCAAGGAAUGGGGAUGCUGGGGGUGCCGUUGGUGAUGAUGAUGAGAAGGGUGUCGAUAUGGAAUACGAUCCCAUCUCGGAUGACGAGUUAGAAGAACUCAUCGCUAUUGAUGAUGGUAGCGGCGAGCAGGGGGAAGAUGGAUCCAAAACAAAAAAUACAGCCAUAGUGGAUGCCCUCGACAUCGACUGGUCAAGCUUGGUGAAGGACACGCGGCCUAAACCUCCCAUGUCUUGCUCGGCCCUCAAGAGGUUCUCCCCAGCGAACGUCCUGGCCCGCAUUGGAGUGUCCAGGGCCUAUGCCGGUGAAGCCCUGAUGGAGAAACUCAAGCAAAGAUGCCAGGCGAUGAUUGAGGAGGAAGCGAAACAGAUGGCACUAGAGAAUGGUGAGAGAGAUACGGAAACUGGAUUAAAAUCGGUAUCAGUCGACCCAUCGGCAGACAAACAGGAGCAAGCUAAUGACAAACCAACGAAGCCAGCGCUGGUUGUGCCCAAAUUUGAAUUUUAUAAUGACAUUGCGUUCAAGCAUGCUACCGAAGUGACAAAACGGAAAGAACGCGCCAACCUUCUUAGUAAUCUUGGACCAUACCGGAGGGCGCUGUGUGCCAGGAGGGACUUGAGUAUCAGGAGACGACUGUGCAAAGUGGAAAAGGCGCAGGACCAGCCACCGAUCUACAAUGUUCAAAUAGACAGAGACCUUGUGAAAUUAAGUGCUCAGCUUUUGAAGCAGGCCAAACAGACUAGUUACAAAGAACUGAUGGGAAUGCCCAUCACCGAUGUUGUACAACCCACAGAACCUUUGAGAUAAACCGAACCCAUUAAACAAUGAGAAUUUAAGUCCAACUGAAAUGUUCAAAUUUUGAGGCUCGGGAAUCGACCACGUUCAUAGCAAAUCUCCUCUCCAUGUACGAGACCAUAAGAAGAUGACCAUUGAAAGCUUUCUGUCCUGUAUGAUGUCCAGGAAACUCCUCAAGUCGUUCAUAUUCUCUUGACAGCUAUUUGAAUUUCAUCCAAGCUGUCUUUGAGGCCACUGCCAUUGGGUAGUCUUGAUACAUUUUGAUGUCACUGGUAGUACAGCAUCCCCUUUCUCAAGAUGAGAGUUCCCUUGGGCAACCAAACACUUUUACAGUAGUUCCUGUUUUUCUUAACAUGGACAUCAAACCCUGAAUUGAUUAUCCUCAAGAGGAAGAGAGGAAAAGUUAUUUCAUUGUCUUUGUCAAAUCCCUCCCCGACCUUGUUGGUUGUUGUAGUAUUGUGUGUGCCAGUAGUAUGCCUUUGUCAACCGCAUGGCCUAGAGUUUGCCCGGUGUCGCUGUACCCGUCGUACUGAAUGUCUUGGCCAGUUGUACAUUUACCUAGAUAUCGUCACCCGUCUUUUCCUGCGAUGAGUGGAUGUUUGGAGAACACCUGGAUGCAUCAAGGAUCGGAAUCAUCCCCUGCUAAAACCUGUUAUGUGGAGCAUGAAAUAUUUUGUUUGAAUAAUUUGGAGUUGCAAAUUCUCUGUAUUUACCUUGUAAUAUCCUUGAAAGAAAUGUAUAUGGACAAUUUUGAAAAUGUCUUGAGGCUGCUUUUCCCUGUGUUGUACAAGCAUGGAAUACAAUUAAAGUUUUCAUCAGAAUGUAAAGAAUACGUCACAAUUAUGGUGACCGAUUAUUUAGAAAUUGUAUGUUUUUGAUGAUAUUAUCAUGUUACAAAUGAGUUAAUCUGUUGAGCCGGUUUCUCUCCAUAGUCAAUGUCAGACACUGCCCCUUGAUGUAAUGGUCGUGAUUCAUUCAAAGGAUGUUUUUACAUCACGAAUAAUUUCACAAUAAAAGUUGUUCAGACGACAAUUCUGUGUACUUCGUAAUUUGACCGGAACUGUUUUGGUAAAUCCUAGUGAUUGUUUCUAAGGCCGAAGUUACAUAGACCUCAUUCGUUCAUUUCCCAGGACUCAUUUUCCCCUUUUGCUUUCUUUCCCCUGUGAAUGCACGGCUUUGUGGCGUGCAUUCACCGAGGAAUGAAAGAAAAACCCGGAAAGUGACUCGUGGUAAAUGAACGAAUGAGGUCU